UAAACGUAAACAAAAAUGGCCGACAGCUACAGCCGCUUUGCCGUUCUUGAUGAAAACGAGAUACAAAAUCUAAAAGAAAAARCAAAAAAUGAAAACACUCAAAAGAGUACACAAACGUGGUUGAAAGUUUGGCGUAGCUGGGCUGAAGAGCGAAACGUAAAUCMGAAUCUCGAAGAAAACCCGCCAGUAAUACUUGACGAAAUCCUGCAGCGCUUUUACGCCGAAGUACGAAACAAAAAUGGCGACCAUUAUGAACCAGAAAGUCUUAAAGUAAUGAUGGCAAGUCUAGACAGGCAUUUGCGUGAUCAGGGAUACCCAUUUUCUAUCACCAAAGACCGUGAAUUCCACCAGUCGAAGCAAGUCCUUGAGGGAAGAGCCAAGCUACUUCGUAAAGAAAGAAAAGACAAAAGACCGGUCUCUAAAGCGGGAUCGAUACUCGAGGAAGAUGAGCUAUGGGAGAACGAAAAACUGGGUUCAGGAAGUCCAAGAACACUYUGCCAGACAAUGUGGUGGAUUCUAACUCAGCAUUUUGGUCUCCGUGGAAGRGAAGUACACUAUUCUAUGASUGUGGAGGAUUUGAAGCUAUGUAGAGACGACCGUGGAGUCGAGUACUUCACGUUAAGCGAAAACCCAACUAAGACGAGGCAAGGUGGAUUAAACACAAAGCGAAGAUUAGGUCARCCCAAAAUGUUUGCCACUGGAGGUGCUAGAUGUCCCGUUGGACUUUUGAAAGAGUAUCUUUGYAGACGUCCUCCUGAACUACUCGAAAGCGGUCCUUUUUACUUGGCUAUCAUUGACAGGCCUACGACAGAUGUGUGGUAUAAAAAGCAAAGACUCGGCGUUAAUAGUAUAAACCAGAUGAUGAAGACUGUAAUAGAGAGCACCUCUGUGUCUGCUACUGGAAAAAGAUUAACCAACUAUUCUGCCUGGAAAAGCAUGCAAAAAGGAAAGGCGGUUAAAACUGAAGCACAAAGUCCCCAGAAGCUUCAAGUAAGGGUAGUUGCUCCACCUAUUCCUAGACAACAGACUGCRCAAGUCCAGAAGAAGUAUAUUAUACAUCAAGCAAACGGACAACAAGUCGUCUUGACACCAGUUUCAAGCCAGCCUGCUCAAAACGCAUUGACUCAAGUUGCCACAAACGUUAAAAUGACACCAGUUGUUUCUCCAGUUAAUCAAACAGUCAAGGCAAUAGCUGCCCCAACAAACACCCAGAAUGCUCAACAACCUGGACUCCGCGUUGUUAAAGUAGUCACACAUGGUUCUCCAGUUCUUGCAAAUACCAAGCCCGUUCUAGUAACAGCAUCUGCGGCGACUCAAGGAGCACCAAUGAAAGUAGAGCCAUUAGUUGUCCCUAAAGUAGGAGGACCAACAGUUACAAAAGUAGAAGAAUCUCAUGUGCCUAAAGUAGGUGGACCUCCUGUUAUGUUAAAAGUCAACAGCCAUGCAGCUGCUAAACAUGUUGCCAAUCUGCCAACAAUGGUUCCCGUAACUGCUAUAGUUGUUGACCCCUCGCCUAAAGUAGUAUCUGUACAAUCACUAGCAGCGCCUGAACAAAAUUACUCUCUGUCCGACGUAGUACAACAGGCGAAACCAAUAGAGGCAAAGCCUCAGUCUGACUACAAACCUCUUGAAUCACUGAUUGAGGUCAAUAGACAUGCAGCAGAGAGUUCCAUCUCACCAGUGUCAGCUGUAAUACCUGACAAUARCACAUCAUCGUCAUCUAUGACAAGCCCGACCUUAGGGCGCAAGGACGUGACUGUUAACGACAGGUUUCGAUAUAUUGCACCAUCUGGCAAGACGCCUAUUAGUUCUCAUUCUACUACUAAUACUCCUGGACCGCAGGGAGAGACACUACCACAGGUCAAGCUAGAAACACCGACUCCACUUGAUGUUGCUGAGACAGGGCAAGUCAAGACAGAACYUCAACAAUCUACUCCAAGCCCUGUAUCAAAGUUGAAGAGACCCCAUGAUGAUGAUGCAGAAGCUGACGAAACCCCAAGAAAACGAAACGCUGAUUCUGCUGUUAUCGUCAUUGAUCCACCAUCACCGCCUAAAGAUACUUAUACAGAUAAUAAUCCAGAUGGUACGGAUAUCGCAGUCAGUAAAACAGAGGCAAACACAAGUACAAUAAAAGUAGAUACAAAUGAUAUGGACGAUGGCAAUUCGCAAAAACAGAAGACUMUAGCAAAUGUGGAUAAAAAUAUUAUACCAAUCAUAGACAUAAGUAUUGUUGAGGCUGUCAAAAAAAUGAGUCCACAACAGCAGUUCAAGGCUCUUCUAAGUCGGACUCAACAACUUUAUGAAUUAAGAGGAAAUGUAUGUAAAUUAUUACGAGUUCUUGUGCCAGAAUUGGAGGUUGAUGAUCGAAAGGAGAACUUUGAGGACCAAACUGUUGAUGAACUGCUACAACAAGUUCUUGARCAAGCUGAAACAAGCGAGUCUGAAUCCAAUACAUAAUGGCUUAUUUUAAAAUACGCCAACGUCCGGAGCAGUGCUUUUUCACUGGUUCCACUCAUUUUCACGAGGUUGCAAUUCAUACCCUACACUUCAAACGUCGAGACUCACCAUCUAUACUGCAUCAUUUUGCGAUARGUUUUUGAUAAAAACUCUUAAGAGGACUUAGUCAAGAAAAUAGUCUUCUACUGUAGUAAUAAGGCACCUUAGACUGAAAGCCAGAGAUCACAAAUUCCAAAUGAUAAACGAUGUCUCAUUAUCCCGCUUUGGGCCUGCGCGCUUGAGGAAAAUCACUUGGAGCCUYCUCGGAAGGUGGAGCGCUUUUGGUAUUGCUGUGAUGAACCCUUUUGAAAAUUAUCCUCAAAACGUGUCCUAACAUUAUAAUACAAAAGAAUAGACCGUUUUCUCUAGUUUGCGCCCGUGCGCAUCCAAAUUUAAGGGACUUGACGGGGCACGAUGCCAGAACAGGAGCUUUAUUAUGAAAAUUAUCAUACAUUUCUAUGUAAUGUUUCGAUUAGAAUUCACAAAAUCGAUUAUUCUACUCUUUAAAUAUGAAACUGGCUGCUCAAUUUUACUGAAUUUGCGUUUUUUCAAUUUUGUGGCCCGUCAAGUAGGAUACGCACGCAACCUUGGGAAAACGGUCUAUUUCCWCAAAUUCCAUCGAGAAAAAAACUGAUUUGUGUGUGUGUGUGUGUGUUUUUCUUUUUUUCUUUUUUGCUGUGGUUGCCUCGCAUCCACGAUAAUUUUCAUAAGGGUUCAUUUUGUCACAUGAUUUUGGGACUGGUUGAAACAUCGAUCAAACUUUACUAAGUCAGACCAUUGUACGUAUACAAGAAAAUGUGCCUUGAAAAGACCUCAAGAGGUACCACAGGUAGCCCAAGCUAGGUUCCUGUGGUGUCAUGUUAUAAGAAAAUGUAUGGCGAUGCUAAAACAUAAAUCGUUAAAAUGUGAAAAAGUUAAGAAAUCUUAGCUGACCUUUGAAAAGUAGUACCUCUUUUGUCCUGUGGACUUAGAUUUUGGAUUAAGCCAGUUUUAACGUUCUUUUCAAAAUCCAAAAUCUAAGUACAUAGGGCGAAAGAGGUACUACUUUUCAAAGAUCAGCUAAGAUUUCAUUCGUCCAUUUUGACGUUUUUAUUGAUCGCCAUAUAUUUUCUUAUAAUAUGACUACCUGUGGAGGUAACGUACUUUAGUUUCAUUACUGGGAGUUAUCAAACUCAACCCAAGAAGUAUUCUGU